AUGAAAAUAAUACCUAUUAAGUAUUGCUCUAUACCUGAUCUAGUUGACAGGCAGAUAGGUAAAGUUUUGUUUAUCACUCCAAGUGGUUUUCAAAAGCUCUUUUUAAAAGCGCUGGUUUUUUGCUGGUUUGGAUUACCAGCAAGCGGUUUUUUGGUGGAAAAACCAGCAAAAACCAGCAUGCUGGUACCAGCAUUGAGCAACCCUAGUUUUUGUGCUUUCAGAAAUGUUAAAAUGUCAUAUUAUUCAGAAGGUGGUUUUAAAUUAUUAGAGUUGAAUCAAAAUCGUGGGUGUGAAAUUCAUGAAAACAUAAAAACGUAA